GAUUUUCGAAACAGUCCGCAGUUUCGCUCUCGUUUUUGUCUUUGUAUUUAACGAGAGUGUGUUCGUCAGUCCGGGGAUGCAGAGAGACGCUGCUGGAGUCUGAUCGUCUCAUCCGUCAGCUGUGAUCAUGUUGUGUUUUUGGGGAGCGCAGGUCAGAGAGGGUUUCGGGCUGGUGCAGCCGGACAAAGUCAAACAUGGCAAUUCUGGAAUACGGUCCGUGUGUCCGAAAUCAAAAGUUCAGGACAUGUCAGCUGGACGGAGUUUUGUUGGAUUCAUCCGGGAUGGGCAGGUCUCGGUCCUGAGAUUGCGCAGUGAAGACUGUGAUCAUGAUGGAAAAUUAACGCAACUACAGCUAAAGAAUGACAGAAUCAGACUGAUUUUGUGUGGAGGAGAUGGUGCGGUUCUUCUUGCUUAUGGAGGAAAAGUUCUCAUUAUGGAUAAAUCCAUUGUGUGCAGGCCUCUCAAAGGUCUGGAUAACAGGCAGGUGAUUCAAAUUGCAUGUGGAGACCAUCAUUCAAUGGCACUAACUACGGAUGGUCAGUUGUUGGUAUGGGGUGAGAACUCUCAUGGUCAGCUGGGUUUAGAGAAAGAUCAUCCCGGCUCUUCGUCUGCUCAACAUGUUCAGAGUCUGAGUGGGAUCCCACUGGCUCAGAUCAGUGCUGGAGGAGACCACAGCUUUGGGUUGUCUCUCUCUGGAGUCGUGUUUGGAUGGGGAAAGAACUCUGCUGGACAGCUGGGCCUCGGAGACACUACAGACAGACACAUCCCAACGGUUGUAAAUAGUCUUCACCGGAAGAAAACUGUAUCUAUCUCAUGUGGAGGUGAACACACUGCCACUUUAUCAAAGGGCGGCACAGUAUUCACAUUUGGAUCAGGAGGUUCUGGUCAGCUUGGACACAAAUCAUUUAAAGACGAACAUCAUCCGCGGGUGGUUGCUGAACUGUGGGGAUCUGAAGUGUCACAGGUCACAUGUGGGAGACAUCACACACUCGUAUCAGUCGCAUCGUCAAAGCUGAUCUACUCAUUUGGAUGUGGGAUGCAAGGGCAGCUGGGAAAUGGAAAAAUUAUCAAUAAGUCUGUGCCUUUCCCUGUGAAUCUGCCAACUGAAUGUAAUCAUGAUUAUACGAUUGAAAAACUCAUAGCUGGGGAGAAUCAUUCCUUUGCCUUGUUUUUCAAGGAACCUGGGAAUGAGUCUAAACCAAAUCCAAGCAGAGGGAUUUUGACAUUAGAUGACAGAAUGAUUGACCGAUGGCUGUCUGGAAGUGAUCCAUGGAAAGUGGUAAAAAAAAACAUCAACAAAGUGUUCUCCUCUGCUGCCUCUCUGAAUGGAAGUUUCCUCAAAACAAGUUGUGACGAACAUUAUCAGACGUCUGAGGAUCAUUGUGGUUUGGAUUUUGAUCUGGUUAAAACAUCCUUUGCAAAGUUAUCAAAGAAUGAAAGGUCAAUAUCAGAGGUAGUGAAGGUGGUUCAACAGAUGCUGCCGUCUCUGAAUCCAAAUCCAGCUGGUGUGGAAUCACUGAGAGUUUAUCUUCUCCUCCCUGAGCUCAUCAGACAUCUUCAGGAACAACAAAGAACUGAACUCACUGAAGCUCUGGCCUCCAAAAUCCUUCAGCUGAAUCCUGAUGCUCGCAAGGUGUUAGAGAUGAACUGGUCCAAACUCCCGGAUGAUUGCCUCAAAGGCCUGGUGAAGUUAUUUAAAAAAGCAUCUGCUAAUUUAAUUGGCAGGAUGGCUGCUGACACUAUGAACUGGGACAUAAUGACACGCCUGCCGAAAUUUGUGCAGAUCCUUCAGAUGGUGUAUCAGGUCUGCUGCAGAGCCAACAGAAGCAUCACCAAGAGUGAUUUCAUCAUUAAUGAGAUCAAUGAUCUGCUAGAUGUGCUGGAAACCACCAAUGAAGAUGUGAGUAACAAUUUGCAGUGGUUUAACUUGACUGGACAAAUCCAUGCAUUGAUGGCCCAGCAAAACUACUAUAAUACGAUCUUAAAAAAUCUCAUAUCACUUCAAUGCAUCUUUAACCUGGAGGCCAAAUGUAGCUAUAUGAAGAACAGAGUAUGGCAGGGUAGUUUUAAUCUGAUUCUGAGACGUACAGCUCUGCUGGAGGAUUGUUUCCAUCAGCUGAGAAGUGCCACUCAGCAACAUCUCAAAGAAUUUUGGCUGUCGGUGUUUUACAAGGAGGAUAUGAGAAAAACAGAUGUCAACAAGAGGGACUUUUUUCACAACGUGUUUAAAGAGCUUUGUGCACCAGAGUCUCAGCUGCUCAUGUACAAUGACAGCAACAUUAUGUGCUGGUUCCCCACAAAGCUCAGCGUGGAGAAGGAGAAGUACUUCCUGUUUGGGAUUCUGUGUGGCUUGGCCUUCAACAACACAUCCGUAGUGCAUCUGCCUUUUCCUUUAGCCUUGUUCAAGAAACUUCUCAAUGUCAAACCGUCUCUAGAAGACUUGAUAGAGUUUAGUCCAGUUCUUGGCAAGAGUUUGCAGUACAUCCUGGACUACAGCGACGAUGUUAAAAAAAUGGAUACGUACUUCACGAUCGUAUGGGAUGGAACAGAAGUCGAACUGGAUCCAGCUGAGCCAGGAAAAUUGGUCACAAAUUAUAACAGAACAGACUUUGUGGACAAGUACGUGGAUUAUAUCCUGAAUAAAUCAGUGGAGGAAGCAUUUGAAGAAUUCAAGAGAGGCUUCUUCAAAGCGUGUGACAGAUGCAUGGUGGAGAUGUUUGAACCGGAGGAGCUGAGAGGAGUGCUGGUGGGCAAUGAGGAAUAUGACUGGGACAUACUCAAACAGAACACCACAUAUGAAGGAUCGUUUUAUGCUAAGCAUCCAACCAUCAUCUCAUUCUGGGAGGUGUUUGAGGAACUGACACCAAAUGAGAAGAAGGCCUUUCUAUUGUUCCUGACAGGGUUCGAGAAAGUGCCCAUUCUGGGUAUGAGUGCGGUGAAGAUGAGAGUGAGACCCCUGUUUAGCUUUACUCAGGACCAUCUACCACAGGCCCUCACCUGCCAUUCUCUGCUAGACCUUCCUGUUUAUCAGAACAAGGAAACACUCAAGGCUAAAGUAAUUGAAGCCAUCAACCACAAGAGGGGAAUCAUGAUGCUGUGCUGGGGAAGCAGUGCAUCGGGUCAGCUGGGCAUCGGUGCGUCUGAGGCGUCUGUCUUUGAGCCGAGGAGCUGUUGCAUGUUCGACGGGAGGGGUCUUAAAGAAGUUGCGUGCGGCAGCCAUCACUCACUCUUCCUGUUGCAUGAUGGGAGCGUUUACGCUUCUGGCUCCAACAGCUGUGGUCAGCUGGGCCAUGACAAGGGAGGAUGGAGGCCAGAGCUGGUUGGAGCUUUGGAUGCUCAGAAGAUCGCCGGCGUGUCGUGUGGGCAAGCUCACUCUCUAGUGGUGAACGAGCAGGGGCAAGUGUUUGCCUGGGGGGCCGGAGAAGGAGGGCAGCUCGGUCUGGGUGCGGCUGAAGAGGCGGUCCGCGUGCCCAGGUUGAUUAAAAAAUUGUGCGAGCAUCGAAUCUCACAAGUAAUGUGUGGCAAACAACACUGCAUAGCACUUUCGAAAGAUGGUCAGUUGUUUGUAUGGGGAGAGAACUCCAGCGGUCAGCUGGGUUUAGGGAAGGGAGAGCCGAGCACUCUGUCUCCUCAACCGCUCAGAUCUCUGUGUGGGAUCCCACUGGCUCAGAUCAGCGCUGGAGGAGACCACAGCUUCGCCCUGUCGCUCUCUGGAGCCGUGUUCGGCUGGGGGAAGAACAGCGCCGGGCAACUAGGCCUCAAUGACGAGCAAGAUCGGGCUGUUCCCUGUCACAUCAAGUUCCUGCGCUCACAGAAGGUGGUGUACAUCAGCUGUGGAGAGGAGCACACCGCUGCCUUGACAAAGGAAGGGGGUCUGUUCACAUUUGGAAAUGGUUCAAGAGGACAGCUAGGCCACGAUUCCACCAGAAACGAGCCUCUUCCACGCAGAGUUAUGGAGCUCAUGGGCACUGAGGUGUCUCAGAUCGCUUGUGGGCGGCACCACACCUUGGCAUUCGUGCCCUCCACUGGUCUGGUUUACGCUUUCGGCUGCAACAGUCAGGGCCAGCUGGGUACUGGCCUCAGAGGAAAUGCUAAGAGCCCACUUCCUGUCAGAAACAUCCAGCCCCUGUGCAUUGGAAAUACACACACAAAAGCCGAGCGCUACACCAUUGGUAAAAUUCACAGUGGAGGCGAUCACAAUUUCCUGUUGUUGUCGACUACUAAGGAGGGUUCAUCUUGUCCUGAGGAUUUCCGCAUUAUGAAUACCACCAAAAGCAUCGCUGUGAUUAAUUCUGAGAGUCUGGACAGCUGGAGGAUGAAGCUCCAUGACAACAGCGAUUCAAGCAUCACCAAUGACAUCAUACUCCUGUUUUCCUCAACUGCAUGUUGGAAUGCCAGCUUUUUAGACCAAAGUGAUGACAGGCAUUUCAAAACCAACCCCAAAGUCCCUGGCAUCAAUUUCAAUGCUGUUAGGCUGCUUUUUGAGAUGCUGAUGAAACCAUCCUUCGCAAGACUUUUGGAGCAGGCCACGAAGAGCUUUGAGAGUCUCCUGAUCCCCCAGCUGCCCUGCUCUCCUCCUGACGUGGAAGCCAUGCGGAUCUACCUGAUCCUGUCUGAAUGUCCCGCUCUCCAGGACUCCAAAAACUACAUCUCUCUCACCAUCCCUCUAGCCAUGGCCAUCCUCAGACUGGACGCCAACCCCAGCAAAGUCCUCGAUAACUGGUGGUCUCUGAUGGAUUGCGAGGUUUUCUCCAGACUAGUGGAGAUGUACAAAAGCAUUGUUGUGUUUCUGUUGACUGGUGGGAAGGCGCUCCUGAUGCCUGUGUUUCUGGAGAGCUACACCAGUGCAGCUCUACGACUGCUGGAGAAACUAAACAAGGUCAAUCUGAAAGUCCAUCGUGUGGAAUACAACCACUUCUACAUCCCUGAUAUCUCCAGGCUGGUGGACAUCCAGGAAGACUACCUCAAAUGGUUUCUGCGCAAAGCUGAUAUUAAAAUGCGAUACCCUCCAGUGCAGGGUUCUGUCACGUUAUGUGCCUAUCCGUUCAUAUUGAACGCACAAGCCAAGACAACCGUGCUGCAAACAGAUGCUGAGCUGCAAAUGCAGAUGGCAGUAAGCGGCGCUAACUUGCACAACGUCUUCGUGCUGUUGACUAUGGAACCUUUGCUGGCAAGAAACCCUUUCCUGGUUCUCCACGUACGAAGGAACCUCUUAGUCAGCGAUGCUCUCCGGGAGCUCACAGUCUACAAUGACGUAGACUUGAAGAAGCCACUUAAGGUCAUCUUUGAUGGAGAGGAAGCUGUGGAUGCUGGAGGAGUCACUAAGGAGUUCUUCCUGCUCCUACUGAAAGAGCUGAUGGAUCCGAUCUAUGGCAUGUUCACCCAAUAUUCAGAGUCCAAUCUGCUGUGGUUCUCUGACAAAUGUUUUGUGGAGCACAAUUGGUUCCAUUUGAUUGGGAUCAUUUGUGGUUUGGCCAUCUAUAACUCCACUGUGGUGGACUUGCACUUUCCCCUGGUGCUCUACAAGAAGCUUCUGAACGUUUCGCCCACACUGGAUGACCUGAAAGAGCUUUCGCCUACAGAGGGAAGGAGUCUUCAGCAGCUCCUGGAGUAUGAGGGCGAUGUGGAGGAGACCUUCUGUCUGAACUUUGCAAUUACUAGAGAGUAUUACGGGAUCACAGAAGUUAAAGAGCUGGUACAGGGCGGGAAGACCAUCGCUGUGGACAAGACGAACAGGAAGGAGUUUGUUCAUGCGUAUCUGCAGUAUGUGUUCAGUGACUCUGUACAGGAGCAGUAUUCGGCCUUCUCCAGCGGUUUCCUGAAGGUCUGUGGUGGGGAGAUUCUCUCUCUCUUCCAGCCCUCUGAACUCAUGGCCAUGGUGGUGGGCAACAACAACUACAACUGGGAGGAGAUGGAGAAGAAUGCCUCCUACAAGGGCGAGUUCUCUGCAUCCCACCCAACAGUUAAGAUGUUUUGGGAGGUGUUUCAUGAAUUUCCCUUGGAGAAAAAGAAACAGUUUUUAUUGUUUUUGACAGGCAGUGACCGCAUCCCCAUCCACGGCAUGGCCAGUCUACGCAUCGUCAUCCAAUCCACUGCUGCGGAAGAGCACUACCUUCCUGUGGCCCACACCUGCUAUAACAUGCUGGACAUGCCCUGCUACCAGACCAAAGAGACCCUGCGGCACCGGCUCACGCAAGCCGUGGAGCAAUACGAGGGCUUCAGUCUGGUCUGAGCAGGAUCUACAGAGGUGGCUUUCUAUAUGCUGACACUGCACUUUAAACCUGUGGAGAAAUGGAAACGAAUGCUGCUUUCGCGUUUAUUUUACCACAGAUGAGCACAUCCUGAAUCUCUUAUGAGUAAAUAUAUUAUUUUCUUAUUUUUACAGACGGACUCUGACUUGCUAAUUUGGUUGAAUCUUGAGAUGUGCAGUUUUUUUUUUUUUUUUUUGCUUCCUUUUUGGUUAUAAAAAUGUAUAUUUUUGAAAUGACAAAAGUAAAUAAUAAGAUUAGGAUUGAGUUGGCAAAAAAUAAAUUCAUUUGAUUUUCUUUAUAUAUUUUGUAAAUGUUACUGUUUUUGAAUCAGAUUUUAAAACCGAUGGGUUGCUCUUGCCUAGACCACGUUAUUUUGUUAGGCAUGUCCAAACCUGUUCCUGGAAGGCCACUGUCUAGCAGAGUUUAGCUCCAGCCGUAAUUAAACACACCUGAGCCAGCUAAUUUAGGUCUUCAGAUCAAGUGUGUGUUGGAACAAAACUCAACUUUUCUCCAGGAGCAAGAGAGGACGCCCCUGUUAUUUUGCUAUUUUGAAUUUCUGGAAGGAAGUAAAAAAAAUUUGGAACAAAUUUAAUAGUUGAAGCAUAUGAAACGCCAAUAAAUCACUCAUUAUUGACUAUAGCUGGGUGUUUAAUCCCAUUCAGAAAGAGCCAUCGCAACCCUACAAAUCGGGGGCUCGUCCGGGAUGAAGACAGUAAAAGUAACACAGCCCCAUCAGCACGGUAUACCGGACAGACAGUUUCAGGCCCAAUACAUUUGGGAUGUCCAAUCCUGGUCCUGGAGGGCUAAUGUCCCGCAGAGUUUAGCUCCACCUUGUCCCAACAUACCUGCCUGGAAGAUUCUAGUAAUCCUGAAGACCUUGAUUACCUUAAUUCGGGUUUUCAUUCAACUAUGGUUGGGGUUAAACUCUACAGAACAGUGGCCUACCAGCAAUGGGAUUGGACACCUCUGCAAUACAUGAAAGGGAUUUAACUUGAUGAAUAAUCUCUUUUGUUUCUGAGCUUUCCAGUUCGGUCUGUGCUCAGAUCAGAUGUUACGCAUUUUCACUCCUCCUGAAUCCGUUCCACUGGUUUUCCUUUAAUGUACAGUAGCAAGCCAUUAGCAUAAAAAUGUCUCCUAUUAAUGAUAGGCAUGCAUGAGCAUGCCAUGCCCAGGUUGAACGCUGAAGCUGCUUUUUUAAAAUAUUUUAAUUAACUAUGGGGAAAAAAUCUGAUAUUUCUCUUAAAGUGACAUCAGUUGAGAUUUCAUUGAGGAACAAAUCCAGCAAUAACUACUGGUUGAUGUACGUGUACUAGUUAUGGGAUUUUAAUUAUGUUUUAAUCCAACAAAUGUGAAUAUUCUAACAGCUGUGUUCUUCUUCCGGUCAAUCCAUUGCCGCUUUCAAUUUAAUCCCUCCUGUUGUUUCACAGGAAGAUCAUAUGCUGUAAAGGGGAUUUUGUUUUCUACUCGCAUUUUCUUUCUGAGUGGAUCAUUAAUGUUGGGUUGUUAUUAAAAAUGGAUCAGAGUGACUUAGCUUUGUGGUUUUCCGAUAUGGUGGAUGAUACAGGACUGUCAGGGACCACAGUGAGUUGUUUGCUGUGGCCUGUGGUGUUUUGCAUCUAGCUGCAUGAGAUGUAUUUGUUUGUACUUGAUGGAAGGCCAUAUAAAGAAGUGUUUCUAUCCAACUUAUUCCUUUCUGUCAAUGUAUGCAAACAAAGGCUUCUUAAUGGCUACUGAUGCAUUGUUAUUUUAGUAACGUAUAUUUACUUUUAUAGCUUUC